UUCAAUUAACAUAAAGAAAAGUCGAAUCGGUCGAAAUUGUCAUAUCGUGGCAUGGUCAAAAUUUCAGUGAAAAUCUAACGAAGAUGAUUUUGAAUCGAGCAUGGCCCCCGGUCUCUCGCUUCGAGAAUCAGAAGAACUCACCCUGUCCUCUCGAGGAUACCGCCUUCUGCAGAAAUUAGGAGAAGGAUCCUACGCCCAGGUAUUUCUAGCCGAAUUCAUCGGCAGCAACACGGCGUCGGACGACAAAGAGAAAACCCCCAAAUUCCUCGCUUGCAAGAUAGUCGACAUAAGCAAAGCCCCCGCGGACUUCGUCAAAAAGUUCCUGCCCAGAGAACUCGACAUACUGGUCAGAAUAAGCCACCCGCACAUAAUACACAUACACAGCAUAUUCCAAAGGAAGCAAAAGUAUUUCAUCUUCAUGCGGCACGCCGAAAACGGCGACCUCCUGGAGUACAUACUGAAAAAGGGGCCGAUAUCGGAGGCCCAGAGCCGAGUGUGGUUCCGACAAGUCACGUUGGCCGUGCAGUACUUGCACGACAUGGACAUCGCCCAUCGCGACCUCAAGUGCGAAAACUGUUUGAUCACCAACAAUUUCAACCUGAAAUUGGCCGAUUUCGGGUUUUCGCGCUUCGUCACCGACUCCCACGGCAGGAAAUUGACGAGCACCACGUACUGCGGUUCGCUGUCGUACGCCGCGCCCGAAGUCCUCAGAGGCAUGCCCUAUUACCCGAAGAACGCCGACGUCUGGUCCCUGGGCAUCAUCCUCUACAUCAUGGUGAACAAGGCGAUGCCCUUCGACGACACCAACGUCAAGAGGUUGAACGAACAGCAGCUGAACCGCCGAUGGAAGUUCCGGCCCAAGGUCGUGGACGCGCUCUCCGAGCAAAUCAAAUCGCUGGUCGUCCAUCUGCUCGAACCGGAAAUAACGAAGCGGUACCGCAUCGAGGACAUUUUGAAUUCGGAUUGGAUAUCGAUGGAUCCGCGCCUGAAGAUGAUGAGCCAGGCGGAGGAGGCGGCGUUGGCGCAAGCGCAAAUCGACAGGAGACAUUAUAUCGAGCAGUUGAGCAAGAAGGUUCACGAAAAGAAACUGUCCCAAAACGAAGAAAUCAAAAUAUUCAAAACGAACGAAUUGGAAGAGGAUAAGAAGACGACGAGCAGCGCGUCCGCUUUAACUUGAUCGAUUCAUCGAUUAUUAUAAGUGUUUCGAUUGCGGUUUUUAUCGAUGGUUGCGUCUCUGAUCUAAGUGGUGAUGUUGAAAAUAAAAUUUUUCAUUUCGAUUCUUUUUUUUUUUUUUUUUUUUUCGUUCGAUUGCGCGCGCGUACUAUGUCGGCAUAAUAAUCGAAUAAUCAUCCGUUAAUAGGGUGAUCGAUUAAUCGAUAGAAAUAUUUUGAAAAGAAUCGAUUAAUCGGAUAUAAUUUCAAUUUAACGAUUAAAAAAAUUUGUUUUCUCACUAAUUAUUUCGAUAUCGGAAUGUUUUGAAACUUUUUUUCGAAUAAUCGAUUAUUACCGACUUAUCGAUUAUUUUUGAUUAAUCGAAAAUAAUCGGUUAUUUUAUAUAAUCGAUUAUUUUUUUAAUAAUUGCCCAGCCCUAAUCUUGAUAUAGACAAAUAAAAAACAAAUAUUUGUAAUUGCAUGUGGUUUUAUCAUUAUACGACAUAAUCUCUACUACUACA